AUGUCUCCCUAUCAACUUGUCUUUGGCAAAUCCUAUCAUUUACCUGUUGAGAUUGAGCACAAGGCAUACUGGGCAACAAGGAGAAUUAAUAUGGAGUUCAAGGAGGCCGGAUUUACAAGGCGGGAUCUGUUGACGGAAUUGGAUGAAUGGAGGAAUGAGGCCAAUGAGAGUUCUCAAAUUUACAAGGAGAUGGCCAAAAAAUUCCAUGAUUUGAACAUUCGCACCAAGGAGUUCAAGCCGGGACAAGAGGUUCUUUUGUAUAAUUCUAAGCUGCAUUUGUUUCCUGGCAAGCUGCAAUCAAAGUGGACGGGGUCGUAUGUGUUGCAUAAAAGCAAUUGGAAUGGGACGUAUGAGCUAUUCAAUGCGGAUGGAAAUACUUUCACGGUCAAUGGUCAUCGUCUCAAGCCUUUCUUCAAGUCAGAUGUUGAUCGUGGUCUUGAAGUUGUCAAAUUCAACGACCCAUGA